UAACCAACCCCGACCGGACCACAAAUCUAAUCAGAAAACCCAAACCACACUGCACCAUGCGGAGUUUCCAUCCAUCCCGAACCAAAACCAAUUCAGAAACCACGGUUUGAACCUAAAUAUUCGACCCACAGCAACAAAAGCACCCACGUACGUACGCUAACAGUAGUGCGGCAUGAGUACAAGCAGCACGCAAACAUAGCAUCUCGUGUUCUCAGACCAAACCAGACCACACCAGGUCGCGUUUUUAGAAAAACCAAACCAGUCCAUCCCGAUUUUCCUCUCCACCCGUUUGAGCCCAAUCCAGUCGAGCCCACGUCAAGUUCCACACGAAAAAACCAUACGAGUCCACGCCAUUACCAGGCCUAAGCCCAUGGUCCCUCUCCUGCAGCUACCUUAAAAUUCAUUGACGGAUCCAUUGACGGAUACUACGCAUCUCGUUAUCUUGACAUCGACAUCGACAUUCUUGCAGCUACAACCCCGAAGACCUCACUGUCCCGGAGACGGUUGACCUGAAGCUCUAUAUGCCUCUGCCCCACAAGUUGGCACGCAACGACCAUUUCCUCCGAGUUUCCCCCCGUCAUCCAUCCCCCGUCGGUUCCUGAGAGCGGCUACGCGCUCACGCCACACGUUCAUAGCAGCCGACCGCGGCGUCACCUGCGAUGGAGGAGACCGGCGCCGGGGGCGCAGUGUACCGGCGGUGGGACACGUCGGGCAGCGGGUCGCGGUACAGCUUCAGGACGUCGGUGAGCAGCCUGGCGGAGAUGGACGGCGAGGUAGUGGAGGAGGAGACGCUGGUGAACCAGCAGGCAGAGGCUGCAGGAGCUGAGGACGACAGGGUGUUCGUGGCCGUCCCGCAAGAGGUCAAGCACGGGAAGAGCGCCCUGUUGUGGGCGCUGCAGAACCUGGCCAAGGACGGCGCGCGCGUCGUCCUGGCUCACGUGCACUGCCCCUCGCAGAUGAUCCCCAUGAUGGGAGCGAAAAUUCAUUAUACCAGGAUGAAUCCAGAACAGGUCAAGGACCACAGAGAAAAGGAGCGACAAAAAGCAUCCGAAAAACUAGAUGAAUACGUUGUGAUGUGCACAACACUAAAGGUCAGCUGUGAAAAAAUAAUGAUUGAUAAGGAUGAUGUUGCUAAAGGACUUGAGGAGCUUAUUGCCCUUCAUGGCAUCACCAAACUUGUUAUGGGAGCAGCAUCAGACAAAAAUUACUCGAAGAAACUGAAAACACCAAAGUCCAAGACAUCACUCAGACUGAUGGAGGCAGGAGCCCCAUCGUGUAAGAUAUGGUUUACUUGUAAAGGAAUUCUGAUAUGUACCAGGGAAGCAAACACAACUGUUCCUGCGGUACCACCAUCACCUGCACCCACGGUUGCAUCAACAUUGUCCGAGAACAGCAUUUCCAGCCAUAUGAGAUCAUUAACAAUUCACCACACAGAGAGUGAAGCAUCAAGCUCAAACGGAAGUCCCAAGCAGGGACUGAACAGAUCGGUAACAGCAGUGCCACGUCAUACCUCUCGGGCAGCUGGCAGUACACCAUCUAGGCUAUUUGAACCUUUCAAACUCAAUGCAAACAGCAGGCCACCAAGAACACCGAUGAGUUCUCUAGAUUCCUGGGAUGAUUUUGGGAGGAGAUCGGAAAGCUCCUGGUACAAUUUAUCGAGAAAUGGUGAUGCAACCAGUGUCUCUGAAUCAGCAAUGCAGCAUCCAUUGAAUGAAUCUGAUGAUGACCGCCUUUCAUCUCCUUCUCAUGAGCUGGAGAGUUCAGGUGUUGAUGCAGAAAUGUAUGCUAGACUUGAAGAGGCUCUCCGCGAAUCUCAAGAAUCCAAGAAAGAAGCAUUUGAGGAAUCAACCAAGCGCCGAAAAGCCGACCAUGAGUUGUUUUCAGCUCUUCACAAGGCCAAGGAGUUGGAGAAAUUGUAUCAUCACGAGAUAAGACAGCGGAAAACAAUUGAGGAGACACUACUGAGACAGACGCAGGAGAUUCAAGAAAUGACAAUUCUGCGUGACACAAUAUACAAUGACUUGCAUGAUGCAGAAGAACAGAAGAUCAUAUUGGAGCAGUGUGUAACCAAGACAAAAUCUACUCUAGAAAGUCAUGAAGAGAAGCUGGCAACAAGCAAGUACCUUAUCGAAGUGCUCCAAGCAGACAAAGUGAAGCUCCAACAAGAGAGGGAUGCUGCGGUAACCGCCGCUGAAGAGUUGCGUCAGAAGAACGAGCAGAGAAUUUCCAUGCCGACUGAAGCACUAAACACCGAGUUCUCAGCCUUUGAGCUUGAACAAGCAACUCGAUGCUUUGAUGAAGCGCUGAAGAUCGGCAAGGGCGGGUUCGGAUGUGUCUACAAAGGCUCACUUCGCAACACAACCGUGGCUAUAAAGUUGCUGCAUCCAGAGAGCUUGCAGGGGCAGUCGGAAUUCAACCAAGAGGUUGCUGUCCUGGGUAGAGUGCGGCACCCGAACCUCGUCGCGCUGAUCGGGUCGUGCCGGGAGACGUUCGGCCUGGUGUACGAGUUCCUCCCGAACGGCAGCCUGGAGCACCGGCUGGCCUGCACGAACAACACGAGACCCCUAACAUGGCAGGUGCGCACCAGGAUCAUCUACGAGAUGUGCUCGGCCCUGAGCUUCCUCCACUCCAACAAGCCGCACCCGGUGGUCCACGGGGACCUGAAGCCGGCCAACAUCCUCCUGGACGCCAACUUGGUCAGCAAGCUGGGGGAUUUCGGCAUCUGCCGCUUCCUGACGCAGUCCAACGCCUCCGCCACCACCACGCUGCACCGGACGACCACCCCACGGGGAACCUUCGCGUACAUGGACCCGGAGUUACUGUCCACCGGCGAGAUAACCCCGCGCUCCGACGUCUACUCCUUCGGCAUCAUCAUCCUGCAGCUCCUGACGGGGAGGCCGCCCCAGAAGAUCGCCGAGGUGGUGGAGGACGCGGUGGUGAAUAGGGAUCUGCACAGCAUCCUGGAUCCCUCCGCGGGGAGCUGGCCGUUCGUGCAGGCCAACCAGCUCGCGCACCUCGGCCUGCGCUGCGCCGAGAUGAGCAGGAGGCGCCGCCCGGAUCUCGCCCGGGACGUGUGGAUGGUGGUGGAGCCCCUGAUGAAGGCCGCGUCGCUGACCGCCGGGCGGCCCACGUUCGCAGCAGCCUCCAGGGGUGAAGCUUCCACGCCGUCCUACUUCGUCUGCCCGAUCUUUCAGGAGUUGAUGAAUGAUCCUCACAUCGCAGCGGAUGGGUUCACCUACGAAGCGGAAGCCAUCAGAGGGUGGCUGGACAGCGGGCACGACACGUCGCCGAUGACGAACCUGAAGCUCGCGCACCGCGAGCUCACCCCAAACAGGGGGCUCCGCUCGGUGAUUCUCGAGUGGCAACAGCAACAGCGUCAGCAGGAGUUGGAUGAGGACUGGAGGUUCCUUGUUCCAAUACCCAAAAAGGGUCCCCUGCACCUUUGAGGUGCCGUAAAAAAAAAGGGGGCCGCUCAAUGUCGAAGGCAGCAAUGGACCAAGGCAGCGACGAGCACGAGAAGUUGCGAAGUGCCCAUUGCAGCCUCAACUCAUCAUCGGUGAGCAAUGAGUUGAACGAGCAGAGCUCCCCUGCCGUGUAGGACGAGGUGUUCGUUGUAUUAACCGAGAUUCCGAGAACAUAAAUGAAGGCUUGAGAGCUCGAUCAUUUUCUGUUACUCAGUUUAACAACCAUGACACA